AGUUACCGGACAAGGCCAGCAGGUGACACUGCAUGUUGUAAACACGUCAGCCACGGGUCUGCCUUCCUCUGUUCUCCAUUUUGUAUGUUUUUCCUAGAGGUUAGCGCUUACUUUCGUAAUGGCUAGCAGCGAGUCAGCAUAGCUCAGCCAGUUUAAGGCAGUUUGCUUGAUAGUUCAGAGCUAGAUCGAAAGCUUAAACCACACAUAUCCUUACUUAGUUUGGCGUUUUAUAUAGGUAUGUAGUUAGGAUACGACGCACAGAGAGUAACGUUAACACACACUGAGUCAGUGUUGCGGGCUGUGGACCGCCUCUUUCAACCAAAACAAUGUUGACAGACGACCUGUGGACGCCUAUCAAGAAACAGCCAUUUCAAGGAUGGAUGUAGGUGGAGUGAGGAAGAUAACAUAUAGAGGAGAUGACCAUUUAAGCAAAUUGGUCUACACUGAAAGCCCUGAGGAGGGAGGUCUGUUGAAGGUGGCUCCUCACAGUGCCAUGUCCAUCACUUCUACCACCUCUGUUGUUAUUCCAUCCAGCCCGUUGAUGCAGCCAGGACAGGUACCUAACGGCCUCUGCAACAGCCCCCUUUCAGAGGAGCUCACAUCCGCCACAGUCACUGCCACCGUAGGCUCCUUGUUAGAAGACCCAGAGCACAGGGGCCUGACCACAGAUCAGAGGUCUCAGCAACAGCAGUUACUCCAGACACAGUCAUCUGCAACAUUUGGGCGUCAAAAUUUGGAGGUUAGUAUGACAGACAUUUCCCAGGCCUCCAUGGAUUCACUUAUUGGGGGAUCAGAUCCCAGCUUCUUUCCCAUGAAAACAGAGGAUUUCUGCAUUGAUAAAGGAGACCAGGAUCCCAUCGACCUUGAUCAUGCCUUUGAGCACAUUGGGAAAGAUGUAAAUGUGACCCCGUCAUUGGUCAGUGAUAACACUCUGGACCUGCUCCAAGAAACUGAACUCAUUGGGUCCCCCUCAGAUUUUUAUGUAGGAGAUGAUGCCUUCCUGUCCUCUCUGGCAGAUGAUUCUCUUCUUGGGGACGUUGUCUCAGAGAGGUUUGAGAGCAUUAACAGCAAUGGGGCAAUCCCUAUUGCUCUCAAUGGCAGCAUUAUGACAAGUCUGGAUCAGUCCAGCACUAACGCAUCCACAGGCUCCCCUCUAACCCCUGCAGCCACGUUGUCUGCACUGGUGAAAAAGGAAAAAGAUGCUGGCUUCAUUCAGCUCUGCACCCCAGGUGUGAUUAAACAGGAGAAAACAUCUGCAGGUCAGAGUUAUUGCCAAUUGAGCAGCAUGUCCUCCACAGACAUGGCUAGUUCUAACCCCAUUUCCAUCUGUGGAGUGAGCACUUCAGGAGGACAGAGCUUCCACUUUGGAGUUAACCCCAGCAACAGUGAUACUGAGCAGCAUAAGGAUCAGAAGCCAGUGACCAGCAUGUUUCUACCAGUAACAAACAUCGGCGGGGUCUGGAACAGAGGCCAAGGUGGUGGGGACAACUCAGCAAUGCAGAGGGCCAGUGAGGCUUUCUCAUGCUCUCCCUCGUACCCCACCAGCUUUGUCAGCUCUGCCUCCAGACCAGAUGGGGGCAUCUCUAUAUCCUCGGCACAGGGAAAAAGCAAGACUCUCAAAAUCUGCCUGGUGUGCUCUGACGAGGCCUCAGGCUGCCACUACGGCGUCUUAACCUGUGGCAGCUGCAAGGUCUUCUUCAAGAGAGCUGUGGAAGGGCAGCAUAAUUACCUGUGUGCUGGGAGGAACGACUGCAUUAUAGACAAGAUCAGGAGGAAAAACUGCCCAGCGUGUCGAUUCCGCAAGUGUCUGAUGGCAGGCAUGAACCUGGAAGCACGCAAAACCAAGAAGUUAAGCCGCUUAAAGGGCAGCCAGCCAAGCAACCAACCUGAAGUGAUUCCUCCUCCACCAGUUGCGGCUCGCUCCCUUGUACCCAAGGGCAUGCCUCAACUCAUUCCCACAAUGCUGUCUCUGCUGAAGGCCAUUGAGCCGGACACCAUCUACGCCGGCUAUGACAGCACCCUGCCCGACACCUCCACCCGUCUGAUGACCACCCUCAACAGGCUGGGUGGCCGACAGGUCGUCUCUGCUGUCAAGUGGGCCAAGGCUCUGCCAGGUUUUAGGAACCUCCACCUGGAUGACCAGAUGACCUUGCUGCAAUGCUCCUGGCUCUUCCUCAUGUCCUUUGGUCUGGGCUGGAGAUCGUACCAGCAGUGCAACGGCACCAUGCUUUGCUUUGCACCAGACCUCGUCAUCAAUGAGGAGCGGAUGAAGCUGCCCUAUAUGGCCGACCAGUGUGAGCAGAUGUUGAAGAUUUCCAACGAGUUUGUCCGGCUGCAGGUUUCCCAUGAGGAGUAUUUGUGCAUGAAGGUCUUGCUGCUGCUCGGCACAGUGCCAAAGGACGGCCUGAAGAGCCAGGCGGUGUUCGACGAGAUUCGGAUGUCGUACAUCAAGGAGCUGGGGAAAGCCAUAGUGAAGCGCGAGGAGAACUCCAGCCAGAACUGGCAGCGGUUCUAUCAGCUCACCAAGCUGCUCGACUCGAUGCAUGAGAUGGGCGGUGGACUGCUCAACUUCUGCUUCUACACCUUUGUGAAUAAAUCCCUUAGUGUGGAGUUCCCGGAGAUGCUGGUAGAGAUCAUCAGCAACCAGUUGCCAAAAUUCAAGACUGGAAGUGUCAAACCUCUCCUCUUCCAUCAGAGAUGACUGUGCCCCAUAACAGACACAAUGCCUUAAAAUCCCACCACAUCUCACCCCAACCCCCCAAAGAGCAGCAGUGAAAGCACUGAGGAUCUGAGACGAGGAGUGAGUGAUGUUUUUUUGGGAGCGAGUUGGGUCUGGAAGGAGAAAACAGAGAGACUUGUUUGUGUAUAAAGCAGACAGUGAGCACAGAGGCUUUGUUUUGUUGAGCACUCUUAAGAUGUAGUGUGUAACAACAGGUAGGAAAUGUUUGUAAGAUAAAAGAUAAUCACAGAGAAAUAAGAUAAUAGGCUAUCCAUGCGGUCUCAGGUUCCUUACCCUUCAAAUACAGAGCGAUAUCUAAAAUAGAUGAAACAAAAACAUAUGUACAGCUUAUCAUAGUAUUUUCUACAUUUUCAAAAUCUAACCAUUUAUACAGUUUUCCAGGUUGCUGUGGUUCUUGUUUUUAUUGGGGAACGUAACAAAGCUUAACUAAUAACACGCUCUUAAGUAGGCUUUUAGACCGUUCCUCUUUUAGUUUUUAUAGGAGGUUGUAACAAAAUGUCUAUCAUAUGGAGAAAGUCUGACUUUCGCUCAGUUAUAAAGCAUAUUUUAUUGAUUUAGUCAAGAAACAUUGUUGGAUUGUUAAUGACAUUCAAAGGAUGAUUUCUCCCACAAGCUGGCUUCUUCCAGGUUUACACACGUCUGUUAUAAAAAGGGAAGAGAUAUGUGCCUUUUUGCUUGAGCCACGUUCUGUCCAAGGUGUGCGUCAUGGUCUACCUUCAUUGUACGCUGACUGUACUUUUUAUAUUACAUGUUGCAAGCAUUCCUUUUUUUUCCUCCCAGUGGCUGUGUUUGUCUUUAGAAGGAGCAGCUCGGCCCAUCCUUUGUGUGUAGAAACGAUCCGCUUGUUAAGAGAAAAUAUUCAAAGCUUGCUUCCUGUCGCCCUCCUGCACUUACUCGACCCCCAAAGUGAGAGUUGAGCACUUAUAUCCUGCUAAUGGCUUUAAAAGACUGUUACAUUGUACCAGUCGUUUCUUUAUGACUAUUAUCAGACAAAAUGAGAUCACUUUUUUAAAUUCCCCUCUUUGGUUUUUAUAGUAGCCCCACCUCCUUCCCCAGUAGUCAAAUAAUGGAACAUGACAGAUACAUGCGUCUACCAAUCAGAAGUGCACGGGCAUGUUUUAUGUUUGCAAGAUUGUCAUUUUUAAUUCAUCAGGAAAACUAAUUUCCAUGGUUCUUCCAUGAGGUUGUAAAAUAAGUGCUUCAUUUAUUAAGUUUUUUAUUUUAUUUCACGGUCUGUAUUGUACAGAUGACAAAGAUGCGGUCAUGAUUCUGCCACUGAUCCUUUUUCAACAGUAGAUCAGAACUCUGAAUAAGCAUCUACAUCAGGUCAUUGAACACACAUGUGUUAAUGCUAUAUUUGUUAAAUACCAUAACUGAGAUAUCCUGAUCUGAUACUAGGUAUCAGUAUCAGCACCGAUACAGGCAUAUUUCACAGAAACUGUAUUGGCCAGAAUAAAGCCUAUCCAUUUCCGAUCCUUAUUUUAGAACUACAGUCCUGUAUUUGAACAAAUGCAGUCACAUUUUUGAGACGCGCAUAUCAAGCAGAUGCUAUAUUAAUCAGUCCAGUGUACGCUGCCAGCAUGCCGGCUGGCAUUUCACUCACAUGAAGCCACGGCCUGAAGGCUGACACAGAAUCCACCAAAACAAUGAGAUAAUAAUCAAUAAUUUAAGCUAAUAAACUUAAUAUUUUGGAACCAGGGCCUGAGCCAGUAUUUGGAUCAGUAUUUGCCAGAUUCAUUUCAAUACAUCAGAUAUUUAAUGACCAUUUACUCAUAUAACUAUCAGACUGGUAUUGGGGCCAAAGAAACUGAAUCGGGACAUGUCCCUAACUAUAGCAUGUUUGGAAAUAUGCUUAAUGUCAUUUUCCUGUUUUCGGUCUUUAUGCUAAGCUAAGAUACCUGCUGACUCUAUCUUCACCAUACAGACGUAACAGUGGUAUCUUCUCAUCAAAUUCUCUGCAAGAAAGUGCAUUUCCCAAAAUGUGGAACUGUUCCUUUAAAAAUAAAUCAUUUGUAUGAUAGUUGUCUGUGUAUAGAGCACUUUGGAUCAGGCGUCGGCAGAUUCAUUUUGCUGUAAAUCUUCCAUAGUCGCUGAUAACCUCGGACCCCUGCUCCUUUAACAUUGUGUAGGCACCUUGUCUUAAUGUCUGUGUGUCCUUAGUACUUCAGUACUGCAUGUUGAUUUGAUAGGUAGUGGAGCCCCAGUGUUGAAAAGCACUUAGUCACCUGAUGGAGACGUCACAGUGAAAGUGUGGCAUCGCUGACUGGGGCGGCAGGCAAAAUGGAUCCCUGUGUUCUCUGGGACCUGUUUCAGUGCCAAACUCCUGCUUUGUCAGCUUUCAGUGAUGCCGAAAGUUGUUCAGUGUUUUCAAUAGAGCAAGAAACAAUUCGCAGCGUUGAAGCUUACACAUUUGUGUAAUAGAGAAAUAAUCUGAGCUCCAGUCCACUGGAUUAUUAAUGAAUCAUAGGCGUGCUUCAUGUACAGCACAAGGCACUCAUGGAUGUGUUGUGUAAUCACACACAAUAAGUUUGUUAGUAUCCCUGUUUCUGCAUGUGGUGCAAGUCAAAAAUUGAAAUGUGCUGCAACAUUUUCAUCAGUUGAGCUUGUCUGUUUAGAUAGUCAUUGGAGUGUUUCACAACUCUGACAUGUUGUGUUUGACGCACAUAAUAAUACAAGGUUUAACACAGAUGUUGAGAGAAUUCAUUUAGUUUAAAAGAAAUGUUGACAGAUCAAAGACAGUGACCUGUAAAAAAAUGAUUGGAUAAAUAUAUAAAGUGAGUUGACUAGAGUGUUGCUCACUGGUGCAUUUAAAGCUGAAAAAAUGUCAGAUUGUUCUCCAACAACAAAUAUAAAAGCGCUCAUACAUCUUGAACCGCUGCCAUGUUCAGGUUCGCUGAAGGUUGUCUGAUUCCACAGUGUGGUUGUGCACGUUCGGUCAUUUUUUUUUUCCUCACUUUAAGAGCCGAACACAUUAAGUUUGGCUUCUGAGAUUUGGGGGUUUUUUUUGUUUUUGGUUUUUUUUUGGUCAGGAGAAAAAUCACUUAUUACAAAAGGUUCAGGAAAGUGUUGCCACUGUUGUCAUUACCUAAACUUAGAGAAAAGAUGCUCUAUAUUCUUUCUGAGGUUAAUUCAGACUGGUAGAAAACCUUAUUUUUUAAAUGCACAGGGGUCAUUCAUGGGUUACUUUCACAUUCAGUGUAUCCAGAUCUCCUGCUGCUGCUGCUUUUCAUUUUAACAGAUAUAUAUCUAUAUAUAUAAAGGGUGUAUAAAAUCACACACUUGCCUCUUCUUGCUCAAAAACGUAUCCUUACUUUGUACGUUUUUGAGGAGGACAACUGAAUAUGCAACAGAAACGACAGAUAAUCUCUCACCAUCACAUAAGAUGUGAUCGCUUCCUUUUUUUUUUUUUCCUCUCUCCCCUACAGUAUAUAAGCUAUUUGCUUCCAGGAGAUUCACAUUCAAUAUUUUCUGCAGGCCAGAUUUUCAGGAAAAGAUAUACUUAAUCAUCAGUCUAUCCAGACUGUACUAAAAAAAAAAAAAACAAAAACAAAAACAAAAAAAAACAACCUAUUUGGUGUUUAACUAUAAGGUGACCAAAGUACAUACAGACAAAUUUAACAUAAUAUCUGUGUAAACAAAGUAGCUCCUAGAAGACACUUUUUUGGGUUAAAUUGUGUAAUACUGUGAAUAGGAUAAGAGUCGGUCUUUUUCACACACACAAACUGUUUGUGAAAGUAAUCAACCAGCUUGAAUCUAAAAAGAUUUGCACUACCCAAAUAUUGUUUGAAAAUCUAUUUUGUAUAAAACGUAUACAGACAUUAACUUUUGAGAAUUAUCAAGGACAGAUUAUGUUUCACUGGUAUAUGCUUUCUCUACAGAGCUUUGUUUUGCUUAAGAAACAUUAUGUACAUAUCCACUGUAAAGAAAAUGUGGUGUACUUGUCUCCAGAGAGUUUUCUAUUCCUGCCCUCUGUAUUACUUCUCUGUAGCGUGACUCCUGUUAAUCCUUUCUGCCACUGAUUAAAGGUUGAACUGUAUG